AGAACCGUUAGCUCGUGGUCAGUGAACGCCAAGCUUGGCUCCGCUAUUCUUUCGUUCUCUAUUCUCUGCGUUUGGUACAGCUGCAUCGGUCGCAAGCCCAAGGUGACAUUUGAAUACUCUUUUUGAAAAUAAAAUGGCAGAGAAUGAUUCGGUUACUGCGUGCCCAUCCGGGGCCAAUAGUGAUUUUGACUUUUAUAAAGCCAAAGCGGACUCGGUUCUUCGACAGCUAGUGGCUUUAAAUGACUUUUUCGGUUCAGAAGAGGCGUCUCAUUUUGACGAGGCCGACCUUCAAGUCAGGCUUGAGCUUAUUGAAAAAAUGCAAGAUAAUUUUGAUAAGUCUCAAACAGCUGUCGAAAGGCUCAAUCUACUAGAGCUGGCUAGUGAUGUGCGUGCAAAAUUUCUAAACAUUUAUUGUGCGGUGAAAUCCAAAAUCUCUCGCGAACUAGCAAAACUCCGCCGAGUGUCAGUGAUAAAUUCGACUGCACUCCCAAAUUUCAACAUCGAGCAGGCUUCAACCUCCAGGGCUGGUGUUCGGGCCACUAGGCUGCCUGAGUUUAAGCUGCCACGAUUUGGAGGCGCUUAUAUGGACUGGCCAGAUUUCUACGCUAUGUACACUACAGUCAUCGGCAACAACGAGGACCUGACCAAUUUGGAAAAAUUCCAGCAUCUACGCUCCUGUUUGGAUGGCCCCGCAUUAGACACAAUUCGCUCGCUGGAGCCAACAGAGGCCAAUUAUGAGAAGGCAGUCGACCUAUUGACUGCUAGGUUUGAUAACAAACUUUUGCAUUUUCAGGGGCACAUACGAUCUAUUUUCAGGCUUUCUAGUGUGGUGAAAGGGUCGGCAAGGAGUUUGCGGCAAUUGAGCGACGGCAUCAACUCUCAUCUGCGAGCCCUUAACACAAUGGCAACCACCCAGGAGAUUGCGGAUGGAAUGCUCAUAUCCCUGGUGUCCUCCAAACUGGAUCAGCAUACUCAGGAGAAGUGGGAAGAGGGAUUGCCUACCAAUAAGCUGCUAAAAUGGACGGAUAUGGCUGCCUUUUUGGAGAAGAGAUGUCGGAUGAUGGAAAACAUUGAAAAUGCUAUGGUAACCCACACACCUAGCAACCAGAAAACCCUAACGAUUUGGAUGUCCUUACACCUGGUCACUUUUUGAUUGGGUCUUCUUUCGCCACAAUCGAGGAGCCCGACAUCACGCACCUCAGCAUCGAUCGGCUGAGCCGCUGGCAACGAGUUUGCCAAAUUCAGCAAAUCAUCUGGCGGAAGUGGAGUACCAGCUACCUCUCGCUUUUACAAGAACGUGGGAAAUGGCGUGCAUCAAGGCCCAACAUCCUACCGCAUAGCAUUGUGGUGCUCAAG